UUAGAAGAUUGGAAAAUCACUAAGAGUAUGCCAUCGGGAGGUUUGAUGAAUCCUCCAAGUCUACCCACAGUUACUAUGGCUGGUGAUGAAGAAGGUAGUUCAAGUGUUGAAAACAAAGAAGUGGAAGGUAAAGGGUGCAGACAGAAGCGCCCGGCGCAGACAUUGUUGAGCCCAUUUACAGAUCCUUUGAGGAAGAAGAGGACGAUGACUGUGUCGGCUGCGACUGCAACCCCGCCAUGUUUUGAUCCAUCCAAAUCCUUGCCCAUUGAAGAUGUGAAGGCAGUAAUACAGUUUUGCAGUGCCUGGAAAAGCGAUAUCAGUGCGGAGGUGCAGCUGGAAUCAUUUUCAGUGGGCGCUGAUUUUUUCUACAGACUUGUCGAUGAAACCGAAUGGAUGAGCUCAAGGCACCUGGACAUGGCAACCUUUCUUAUCCGCAAAAGGCAACUAUCUCAUCCGUUGGUUUUUGGAACGGACUGGACAACGGCAGAUUGUUGCUUGCAGCAAUUUCUAGAGCCGUUCAAACCGACGGCCAGGAAACGUGGAUCGAAGAAGGCUGCUAGUUCAAACACCGUUGACCUUCCAGCCAGCAAGGUGAAGAAUUUACAUCACUUUGUGCGUGGUACGUGGCAACACGGCUAUGCCCAAGCUUGGACAAAAGUCCGGAAGGUGUAUUUUCCAUAUAAUCUGAAAGGGUCUCAUUGGGUUGCAAUCGAACUUGAUUUCGUAAGACAUACUGCAACCGUGUAUGACUCCUAUAUUGAUUAUACGAAACGUUCAAAGCUGGUUACGCUUCUGCACCCUAUUAGCGAUACGCUGGCACGAGUGCUGUUCGAUAUGCACUUUUAUGAUGCUUCUGAGGUUGAAGAGGUGAAGCAAAAGGGGCUGACGAUGUCGAUGUAUACGCCAUUCUCAGUGUGCAGCAUUGCAGAUGUGCCACAACAACGAGAUGGUGCGUCUUGCGGAAUCUUGACCGUCAAAAUCAUCGAGCAUCUCAGUGCUGGGAUGUCGGUAGAUAAAGUUGACCCUUUGAAGAUCAAAUAUUACCGACUCAAGCUUGCAAUUGAGGGUUUAAGGGGGGAGGCAUAUUUAUGAGGUCGGUCUCAACCAAGGGUUGAUUGCAAUAUUCCAACCAAGAUGACCAUACACUGUUAUUUGAUGGUCUGCGGGAAUGGAUAUUCAAAAGUACAUAAAGGUUGAGAAGGUUCCUGGUGGCCAGUUGGAAGAUUCAGUGGUUCGCAAAGGAGUAAUGAUUAACAAAGAUGUUAUUGCACCUGGAAAAAUGAGAAGAAAGAUUUUCAACCAACGCAUCAUUCUUCUUGAUUGGCCGCUCGAAUAUAAGAAAGGCGAGAACCAAACAAAUGCUGAGUUGCUUAAAGAAGAAGAUUGGGGAGUCCUGCUACAAUUGGAAGAAGAAUACAUCGAGAGGCUAUGUGUGCAAAUAUUGAAGUUUAAACCAGAUGUGGUUAUCACAGAAUAUGAUGCAUCAUUAUUAUUUUGGUCAGAAUAUGAUGCAUCAUUUAGAUCCUAACCACAAUUUUUUUUCCAUAGCAUGCAAAUGGUGAAAAAUCAUGGAUUGGCUUUGAUGGUAACACUGGUGUGAUAACUGAUGUGAAAGAGAAAAAGAUAGAUAUGGGAUGCCUACAACGUGAAGGGCCAGAGUUUUAAAACGGCCAUAGAAGCUGCUUGCCUACUUCUCAGAAUCGAUGACAUUGUUAGUGGGAUGAAGAAGAAGCAGCCUCCUGGUGCCAAAGCUCCUUCCAAGCCUCAAGUUGAGACAGAAGGCGAUGCAGAUAAUGAGCAAAUAAUUCCGGAGUGCUUAUGGAGAGCACGUGGUUAUCUCAGUUUGAAUGAAGUUUUGCUUUAAAGAAGAAAAAAAGGAGCAUUAUAAGUUUGAUGAGGAUAUUUUUUAGGUUUGUAAUGUCACCUUAACUUGGUAGUGUGUGUUUUGUCCCUCUUCUUUCUUUCUCAAUCGACGAGGGGUUGGAAAGAAGAGAAGUCUUCUUAUUGGAGAAUGCUAAUGUUAGUUUCACAUGUCAUCUGUGUAUCGAACACAAUUUCUUUGUUCAACUUCGUGGAUUGGCACAGUGGAGCUUAUUUCUACCAUUCUUCUGAAUGAUUGUUAACAGUCCAAACUUAGUUAUUGACACAAAUAUGUACUUUUCUAAAAGUAAGAAAACAAAAAGUUUUUCAUGGCCAAGCAUCAAUUUUAAUAAGCCAGUGUGGCACCUAAAACACACAACGUACGGCACUGUACACAAACUUGUGGAGGAAAGGAUUCAUAUUGAGCAUCUAUUUUAUCCACUUAGGGAGAGUAAGAAUUGAUCUUGUCACUCCCAUAUUCAGCCAAUAUGCCACGUAUUGAUUCAAAGCAGAGCUUAAAAAUGAAACGAAAGCAGAUAAAAAACCCUAGACACGGCCAGCUGAUGCAACUGAAAUUGGCAAAUAGCAAAGAUGACAUGAAGUCUGGGACUUCACAAGCGAGGCUGAACGAGGAUGAAGCUGUGAGGGUUGCAUACAAGCAUGGGACGCCUCUUGAAGGAGGCAAAAUUGGUGAUUCUGAGCCUGUGGAUUUAUUUUCCAGUCCUCAUCAUAUUCCAAAGUAGGGCAAUAUGCCUACAAUA